AAUGACAGCCGCUGGUCCAGGUUAUGUGACAUUGUGGCAUUGCAGGACACUUCAGCACUAAAGUUACGUUUUAUUGUGUGGACUGGGGGAAGGCAGGUGAAAGGGGAGGGUUGGUGGAUGAGAUGCGCCCCGGCUGCUGGUCUUACUCGGAGAGGAGCACGGCGCAUGGUUUUGUUUUUUUCUUCGGUGUUACAAAACCGCCUGUGUAGUCUCACGUCUGCUCCUGCGUGGAUUUGCGUUUCCUUCAAACUGUCGCCUUGUGAGAAUUCUCCCUGAUCAGCUGAGGAGAGGACUAACUUCUCACAUCAAAAGAGUUUUUUUUUCAAUACAUCGACAGAUCCUGUUGGAAUGUGUUCAACUUAAAGUGCCUUUACUUGAAGUAGGCUUGCUCCACCUGGACUUCUUCUUACUUCAAAGUUUACAGGUGACUUUUCCUGCGCACGAUGUACACAAUCACAAGAGGUCCCAGCAAACUGGCCACCCAGCGACGGACAGGGCCUACUCAGCAGCUUGACAACAAAAUAAACGACUUCAAGCACAAACAAACUUCCUGGAGUAUGCCUGACCUUCCUGCACCCAAGAUAGUUUUCAACCGUCCAAACGGUAAGAAGUACCAUCACCCUGCUCCCGCUCUCCCUGCAGACCACCAGCAGGAAGAGAGCUUUACGCCCGCGCACGAGGAAAACGUCAAAUUUGUCUAUGAUGCCUGGCAGGAGGUGGUGCAGCAGGAUCCAGAGGAAGCCCAGGGAGCAGUCCACUAUAAAGAAACCAUUCCCAGCCCACACGUGAACAACUUCGUGCCCAUAGAUCUGGAUGAAUGGUGGGCCCAGCGUUUCUUAGCCAAUAUAGACAAGCUAUCCUGACACUCCUCUCUGGGACUUGUGGAUCUUGACCGACGGUCAGGAGGUGAGACCUGAAGCAGGAUGGCUCGCAGAGGAGAGGCCUGGGCAGGUGUGACGGCUCAAAACGCCCUGAAGUGGUUUAAAAGGACGAACAGCGCUGGGACGCUCACAUAGGAACCACAGAGAAUCAUUUCACUUGAACUCUCGCCUUUUUAACUACAAUCCAUCCAACUCCAAAUAUUCAGUCUGCGACGGACUGCACACUGGAGGACUGCAUCUUGGAGUUGAGGUUUCUCUCAUCUUUCAAUCCUCACAACAGAUGUCAUGUUACUUUGAAAUACAGUAAAAAUGUGUUUUCAAGAA